CUGCACGGUGGGCGGGCGACAGGAGCGCCUGGCAUGUGGGGUCAGCGGCUCUUUGCUGGUCCGGCCGAGGCGGAAAGUGUGAGUUUUUCAGGACUUGUCCAAAUGGAUGAAGAUACACAUUACAAUAAAGUUGAAGAUGUUGUUGGAAGUCAUGUAGAAGAUGCAGUAACAUUUUGGGCCCAGAAUGUUAGUAGAAAUAAGGAUAUUGUGAAGAUCGGUUGCUCAUUAUCUGAAGUUUGUCCUCAUGCUAAUUCAGUUUUUGGGAAUCUUGAUCCAAAGAAGAUUUAUGGUGGAUUGUUUUCUGAAGAUAAGUGUUGGUACAGAUGCAAAGUGCUAAAAACCAUCAGUGAUGAUAAGUGUCUGGUGAGGUACAUUGACUAUGGAAAUACUGAAAUUCUAAACCGAUCCGAUAUAGUAGAAAUUCCUCUGGAGCUGCAAUUUUCUUGUAUUGCCAAGAAAUACAGACUUUGGGGACUACAGAUUCCUUCUGGCCAAGAAGUUACCCAGUUUGAUCAGGGGAGAACAUUUUUGGGAAGCUUGAUUUUUGAAAAGGAAAUAAAAAUGAGAAUUAAAGCAACCUAUCAAGAUGGAACAGUCAUUGCGCAGGCUGAGUAUGGCGCUGUGGACAUCGGGGAAGAAGUGGCAAAGAAAGGAUUUGCAGAAAAAUGCAGACUCAUCUCUGGCAUUGAUGUCUGUGAGGCAAAGAAACCAGAUCCCAGUCAGCUUGCUCUCAGAAGCCUCAAGAAUCCCAUCCCCUUGUGGGGGCGCAGAUCCAAUCAGUCAACCUUCAGCAGGCCAAAGGGGCAUUUUAAUGGGAGGCUGACACUUGAUGUGAAGUAUGAGAGUAAUGCAGGAAAUCACAUGACAUUUCCAAAGGAAAGUUUGGCUGCUGGUGAUUUUAAUUUAGGGUCUAAUGUCAGCUUGGCAAAAAUUAAACAGGACCAGAAACUUAUUGAAGAGAAUGAAAAGCUUAAGACAGAGAAAGAGGUUCUUCUAGAAAAUUACAAGGCAUUAGAAUUGAAAGUUGAACAAACUUCGCAAGAGCUUCAGCAAGAGAAAACAGUUACCAUGGAUCUGACUAAGCAUUUAGAAAGCACUCUGAAGACGUGUGUAGGAACCAGGCUGAAGAAUCUAGCAGCUAAAGUGGCACUAUUGAAAGAAAUUAGGUACUUCAAAGCAAACUUUAUGUUUUUCUUUCAGUUCUGGGAAAGUUUGGCUGCUGGUGAUUUUAAUUUAGGGUCUAAUGUCAGCUUGGCAAAAAUUAAACAGGACCAGAAACUUAUUGAAGAGAAUGAAAAGCUUAAGACAGAGAAAGAGGUUCUUCUAGAAAAUUACAAGGCAUUAGAAUUGAAAGUUGAACAAACUUCGCAAGAGCUUCAGGACUUAUCAACUUCUUUAGAAGCAGUGUAUGGAAAGGCCACAGAAGGGACUAAUUCUGAAGAAAUACUUAUAAAAUUUUGUGACUGGCAGUGUAGCAAAAGAGAAGAGUUCACCAGUAUUAGGAGUGAGACAGAGGCUUCUCUGCAGCAUCUUGUGGCAUGGUUCCAGAGCAGUCAGAAGGUUUUUGAUCUAUCUUUGGGUGAAUCACUACCUUCAGAAGACAUGAUUGGUAAUAUUGAUGAGAUUCUAGAGAAGACUGAGUCAUGUGUCUACAAAGAGCUGGAGAUAUCUCUCAUUGAGCAAGAUGUUGCAGACAAGGAGAUUAUUUUAAGUACAUACAGUCAAGUGCUGCAGAAGAUCUAUUCUGAGGAAAGGUUUAUUGCUACCUUGCUAUCCAAGUACAAGGACAGUGUUGAGUUUAAAAAUCAGAUCAUUGACUGUUUAAAUAAGACCCCCGGUGUGGAUUACUUGCUGUCCAUUAAGAAGACUUUGAAAGGCUUAAAAGCUCAACUGAGAUGGAAAUUGGUUGAGAAGAGUAAUUUGGAAGAAUCCGAUGACCAUGAUGAAACUGAAAUUGAGAAAAUAAAACAAGAAAUAACUCAGUUGCACAAUAGUAUCUUUCAGGAAAUUUAUCAUGAGAGGGAGGAAUAUGAGAAGCUGAAUAGCUUGACACAGAAAUGGUUCCCUGAACUGCCUCUGCUGUACCCUGAAGUCGGAUUACUUAAAUAUAUGAAUUCUGGUGGUCUUCUUACUAUGAGCUUAGAGCGAGACCUUCUUGACACUGAGCCCAUGAAGGAACUUAGCAGCAAGCGUCCUCUGGUGUCCUCUGUGGUUGAUGGGCAGUCAGUUCUCUUAAAGGGCUAUUCUGUGGAUGUUGACACAGAAGGCAGGGUGAUUCAGAGAGCAGCUUCCUAUCAUAGAGCUUGUGGAGAUGCUAAGGAAGAGUCUGGGUUACUGCCAUUGAUAUUCCUGUUUCUGUGUAAGUCUGAUCCUGUCGCCUACCUGAUGGUCCCAUAUUAUCCUAAGGCAAACCUGAGUGCAGUUCAAGCCAGCAUGCCUUUAACUUCAGAAGAAGCUUUAAAAGUCAUGAAAGGUGUUGCUCGAGGCCUACAUACAUUGCACAGUGCUAACAUAAUUCAUGGAUCACUUCAUCAGAACAAUGUAUUUGCCUUAAAUCGUGAACAAGGAAUUGUUGGAGAUUUUGACUUCACCAAAUCUGAGAGUCAGCGAGCCUCAGUGAACAUGAUGGUUGGUGGAUUGAGUUUGCUAUCACCUGAAUUGAAAAUUGGAAAACCUCCUUCUGAAAGUUCAGACUUAUAUGCUUAUGGCUGCCUUUUAUUGUGGCUUUCUGUUCAAAAUCAGGAGUUUGAGACAAAUGAAGAUGGAAUGCCAAAAGUGGAUCAGUUUCAUUUGGAUGAUAAUGUCAAAUCCCUCCUCUGUAGCUUGAUAUAUUCCAGAAGUUCAAUGACUGCUGAGAAAGUUUUGAAUGCUGAAUGUUUCUUGCUUCUAAAGGGGAAGUCAAUUCCAAACCCAGAAAAAGAGACUGAGUAUGCUCAGCAAAACAAAGAAGAUGAAUCAAAGAUGGAGAGCUUAGAUAGAUAAAGAAAGACAAGAAGUGGUGAAGCCAACCCUCGACUUGACAAAUUAGUCUUCUAUUGUUGCCAUACUUGUCCCUUUAAAAAUGUUCUGUUUCUUUGGUAUACAAAAAUGUGUGUAAAUGUUUUGGAAAUAGUUAAUUGCAUCUUUGUAUUUGGAUUGUAAAAAAUAAAAAUGUUUUGAUUAUGCA